AUGUCACGUCGCUCUGUCAAACUAUGGCACCCCGUCCCCUUCACACGGCCCCGUGCAGCUCCAUACCCCAACUGGAAUCUGUACACCACGAAGCCGCUCCCCUACCGCCCCUUCCGCCACGGCCCCAAAUACAACAUCACCAUGGGCCUACGCACCAUGCACUGGGACGAGUGGAUCGAACUCGACAACGAAUAUCUCUCGUACCACUCCCUCAAAGCCGCACGCAUCGCUGCGAGGGGUGAGAAAUGUAUAAAGACGGAUCCGAAAGCAUGGGGUGCAGCGGUCGAACUACUAGAAGAGAUGGCGGGGUAUUUGAGUGAGAGGUAUCCGAGUUUAUUUUCUUUGGAAACAGCGAUAACGGAUACUGGAAAGGAGACCAGGUUACUGAAAAAUCUCGCAACAAAAGAAGUGUUUGAUAUUGGGGCUUUGACAAGGAACGGAGUGAAGGAAGAUCCGAUGGCGCUUUGUGGUCGGCUGGUGCAGGAUGAUUUGGCGAUUAUGCUGGAAGGGGGAGACGGGCAGUAUUAUCUCCUCGCGGGCUCGAUUUUAUUGGCCGGGUUUUGGAAGUUGGAGGAUAAGUUCGGCAUGGGAUUGAGUGAGAUUCAUACGAGUGGCGAUGUUCCCGGGUUCAAACAAAAGCUAGAAAAGGGCAUGGCAAACUUCUUCCGCCGAGUCCAACCUCAAGCUCCGGUCCUUCGCAACAACUACUUCAUUCAAGUCGACGACAACCUCGCCUGGAGCGACAGCAUAGGUCCCGAAGAUGGAACAGACGUAGGCUGGUUCACCGCCGAAAAAAACAAGGCAAUCGAGCACCAUAUGUUCCGAAGUGAGAGACAGAGUUUACGACGAUUACCUCGAUCUGGGGGUGUUGUUUUUACGAUCAGGACAUACUUUCACCCGGUAACGUCAAUUGCGCAAGAGCCCUAUGUACCGGGACGACUGGCUAGUGCAGUGCGAUCUUGGGGUGACGACGUGAGCAAGUACAAGGGUAAAGAGAUGUACGGCGACGUGUUGCUGGAGUACCUGGACAGGAAGCACGCGGAGCAGGUGGCGGCAGGCUUGGACAUUGAGCGGGAGGAGGAUGUUAGGGCUUAUCCGUAUUAG